AGGUGAAAGCCAAACGCAUGGAUAGACGGAGGACACGCACGGACGCCCCCCCAUACCCCCAGUGGUGCUGCUGAGUCUGGAGGAGAAGGUGUGUCAAAGUUCGGGGAACGAGCGUUUUUUCAGCCACUGCCACGGAGGAUGUACGUGAAGCUGCGGCCAGGUCACAUGUUUGUUGCUCAAAAAAGGGAGAAGAUCCGUGGUGACUUCCAUGCCAGCUUGUGAGUGACUUUUAAAACAAACCAGCUCGUCCGAGCGGCCAUUUCUGGGCUCCCUAUUUCGGUCAUCAGAGUCCCCGGGUUGUGUUGAAGAGCAGAGGAAGUGGUGUUUUCUUUUUUUUUUCUUUUUUUUUGCUUGGCUGAGUGUUUUUGAAAAGAACAUGUGAAGAGAAACUGCCUGGCGAGCCUGACGACGCUGAAACGACACAUGGAGGGAGGGCGGCCGUCCGCAAGGAGAAGGUCCGAGUAGAGGUUACGUGCGGAGGUUAUCCAAAUAUUGGAGUCUGCUUGUGGGUGAGUGCGAGGCUUUUGACAGCUCACGCGUCAUUGUGCUACCAGCGGCCUUGCUGAGUCAGGGGCUUCCAGCAGCCCGCCCUUCAGAAGACCCAAAUGUUAGGAGCCAUUCACAGUCCAGAACCUCCGAGACUCUCCACACUGCUUUAAUUGUUCUCCCCCCACCCACUUGAGGGUAAACACCUUGCGUCAGCCGCCCCGUUCCACCUGUGAAUCACUUCAUCCGAGGUCUCCAGGCCCGCCGGGAGGGAAGCGCGGAGGCGGGACUCGGCCGAGGCACAUCUCCAGCGGCGCGCCAUGAAGCUGGCCCUCCUGAUCGCGGUGGCCGUCUACACGGUGGCCCGAGGGAGCAGCAUGUCCACGUGCAAGACUCUGGAUUUGGAGAUGGUGAAGAAGAAGCGCAUCGAGGCCAUCAGGAGUCAGAUCCUCAGCAAGUUGCGUCUACCCAAGGAGCCCGAGGAGGACCAGGAGGGGGACGAGGAGGAGAUCCCCUCCACGCUGAUGUCGCUCUACAACAGCACCAAGGAGAUGCUGAGGGAGCAGCAGGCCCAGGGCCAGACCAACAUCUCCACGGAGCAAGAGGAGGAGGAGUACUUUGCCAAGGUGCUCCACAAGUUUAACAUGACCACAAAUAACUACUCAGAGACCACCAAGAACUUCAAAAACGUCUCGCUACCGUUCAACAUCUCGGAUAUUCGGAAAAGCGUGGGAGACGGUCGCCUGCUGACCACGGCCGAGCUGCGGAUGCUCAUCAAGCAGCCCACCAUACCCAGCGAGGAACGAGUGGAGCUGUACCGUGGCGUGGGCCCGGCGGCCCGAUACCUGGGGUCCCGCUUCAUCACCAACCAGUGGAAGGACAAGUGGCUCUCGUUUGAUGUCACCGAGACUUUACAGGACUGGCUCCAAGGCAAAGAGGACGCGCAGGGAUUCGAACUUCGUCUCUUCUGCGAAUGCAGCCAGAGGAGCCCCGACGCCACUUUUAGCUUUUCCAUCUCGGGGAUCGACGCCGACCGAAGCGACGUCGCAGCGUUAAAGCAGAAGACCCAGCAGCCGCCCUUCAUCUUGACCAUGUCUAUCCCACAAAGCGUCAGCGGCCAUCUUAACUCGCGGAAAAGACGCUCGACGGACACGCGAGACACCUGCUCGGCUCAGACCGAAACUUGCUGCGUGAGGAGCCUCUACAUCGACUUCAGGAAAGACUUGGGCUGGAAGUGGAUCCACCGGCCGACCGGUUACCACGCCAACUACUGCAUGGGAUCCUGCACCUACAUCUGGAACGCUGAGAACAAAUACUCACAGAUUCUGGCCCUGUACAAGCACCACAACCCGGGAGCGUCGGCCCAGCCGUGCUGCGUCCCCCAGGCGCUGGAGCCCCUUCCGAUUCUCUACUACGUCGGCAGGCAACACAAGGUGGAGCAGCUUUCUAACAUGAUUGUCAAGUCCUGCAAGUGUAGCUAAAAAAAUAAAAAUAAAAUGGCAAGACUUGGAAAUGACACGGAAGAAGCUCACUUUAGGAACACUGAUGGUGAAAAGGAGAUACGAGCAGGAGCUCCGGUGGAAGUCAGCCAUGUUGGAAUCGCGGCGUGAUUCGCCUUCCAUUGAUGUCAUUACUGUGUAUACUUUUUUUUUUUUAAUUUAUUUUGGGACGGACAAGUGUCACGUGGGCGACGCGGAUGGGACGAGAGAUGUUUGCCACCGAGGUCAUGUAGCUGGAGGCAUGGAAAACAGCUGCUGUUGUUCUUGGGGGUUUCCCGUUGCGGCAGGUGUGUUUACAAAGGACAGCAGGCACGGACGGCGCACGAGGGAUGAGAGAAACUCCCUCCGACUGAUUUUGACUUUGUUUUUCCGUCUGUUUAAAGUGUUUUCUGAUAUCUUUGGUCGCUUUCUAUGAAUGAAUGUCAGCUUAUGCAAAUGAAGCUUUUUCCGUGCGGUCGCAAAUAGACUUAAGUUGACGCCGUAGUUUCUAUUACUGCCUUUGUCUUUUAUCUGAAACUUUUUUUUUUUUGCACUAUAGUCAUCCCCCCCUUUACGAGACUGAUUGUGAAAAUUGUGAAGCGACCCCAAAAAUUCAACUGCAAAUACACCGCAACCUAU